AUGGCUAGGUGUUAUGUUUCUGUUUUGCUAGUGGUUGCUUUAGUAGCAGCGCACGCUAGUGCAAGAGAAGUGCCUAGUGACAAAAACAUGCAUGUUCCUAGCACCAAGAAUGUGCCUAGUGAUGCUGGUCUCAGUGACCAGAAGAAUUUUGUAACAUAUGGUGGUGUUGGUGGCUUUUCUGGAAUUGGUGCUGGUGGUCUCCCAUUUGGUGGCGUAGGGGGUGGUGGAGGUGGCUUGGGUGGCUUGGGCGGUGGUAUUGGAGGCUUAGGUGGUGGUAUCGGAGGCUUGGGUGGUGUUGGUGGUGGUGUUGGGGGUGGCAGCGGUGUGGGUGGGGGUGUUGGUGGUGGAGUAGGUGGUGGCGUUGGUGGUGGAAGCGGAACUGGGGUUCUUCCUUACCCUUGA